UUGGACUUUUGACUGUUAAAGUUUAGAACUUUAGAUUGUUUUCAGUCAACAAAAUGUUAAAUAAUAUUUUAUAUGAUAAAACGUUAAAGUUAUGAGUUUUUAUUUGUAUAGUCCAACUGGCAAUGUUUCCUUUCACAAACUUGAAGAAUAUGCAUUGAAACGACUUCAGUUUUUGCUGCGGCUUGUUGUUUGCCAAGACGAAAAUGAAAUUGAAGAUGUUCUACAAGAUGCAGAUAUUGUUGAUCAAAGUGACUGCUUAAUCACAGGCACUGCAAAAGAUGCUAUUUCACAUUACGCCCUUAGACUUACACUUGGAGGAUUGCCAGAAACAUCAUCAUUUUUCUUUGAAUCUGAGCUGUCACUGUUCAAGCUUAGAGUUCAGAAGAUGUUUGAAGAUGAAUGGACACAGUUGUUCAGCUCCCUGGAUAGAUCACUACAGGGACAUAAGGUGAGGAUCUCCAACUGUCACAAAACUCCAGAAGAAGAGAUUGGCUGCCUGUUGAACACACUCAAACAAAAGUUCUGCAACUGGGCCCAACUAGCAAAAGAAAUGUGUAGUGACAAAUCUAAAGUUUUUGUUCAACUUCCGUUCCAGAUGCUGCUUAAGUUAGUAGCUAAUCGUCAGGUGUCUAUACAUCAGGGGAUGGCAGAGGUUCCUGUCCCCCUCAUAAAGGCUGUGCUAGCUGAACUGUAUGAGAAAGUUUUACAGAGAGCUGUGAGGCAGGCAGCUACAGCCAGAGUUGCUGCAGUCAGAGAUGAGAGGAUUCACAGACUUGCCUCCAGACUUCUGACUAACACAGAACAAUGUGGCACCUCACUGCUCCACUGUGUCAUGCCUCCCUAA